AUGUCGAUCAAAUUAGCCGAUUAUCUAUUCACUCGCUUGCGCCAACUGGGUAUCCAGUCUAUCUUCGGCGUCCCAGGCGACUACAACCUCCAUUUACUUGACUUCGUUCAACCAUCUGGCUUAUCCUGGGUGGGCACCUGCAAUGAGCUUAACGCUGCCUAUGCUGCUGAUGGAUAUGCCCGGAUAAAUGGUGUUUCAGCUCUCAUAACCACGUUUGGCGUUGGGGAACUCUCUGCGAUCAACGGUAUAGCAGGUGCUUAUGCCGAGAAAGCACCGAUUAUUCACAUUGUGGGCACACCUGCUCGAACAAUUCAAGAUUCACGAGCUUUGGUGCAUCAUACCCUCGCAGAUGGAGAGUUCCGACGAUUUGCAGACAUGGCCUCCCAUGUAACAGUGGCACAGGUGGACCUGAAGGAUCCCCGGCUAGUACCCGAUCAGGUCGACUGGGCUUUGCGAGAGGCCAUGAUUCACAGUCGGCCUGUUUACCUAGAGGUACCAGACGAUAUGGUUGAUGUUCAUGUGGAUGCGUCGAACCUGACAACGAUGAUCUGCACACCUUCUGCGCCAGUCACUGGAUAUGAACCAGUCGUAUUGGAUCGCAUCCUGGACCGGAUUUACGCUGCCAAGCGACCGUUAAUACUGGUAGAUGGCGAAAGCAGAUGUAUGGGAAUUCUGGAUGAAAUCGAUAGACUGGUAAAGACAACCGGCUGGCCAACGUGGACGACCAUCUUUGGCAAAAGCUUGGUGAACGAACAACUGGCAAAUGUGUACGGGAUUUACGCUGGGUCGCUAGGCGAUCCGCAAUGGAAAGAGUAUUUCGAUUCAGCAGAUCUAAUCAUCAACAUGGGCCCGCAUUACAGCGAUACAAACAGCCAGAACUUCACAACCAUUCCCAAUCCGACCGUGACAAUUACGCUGUCGAACACCUAUGUCCAAAUGGACGGUGACAUAUACCGAGAUAUACAUCCUAGCAACAUCCUCCCUCAGAUACUGGAAGCACUCGACACCAGCAGAGUCCCCAGAGUGACCGGGCCUGCUAAGUCAACCAACGAAGCAGACCAGCUCAAUCCGUCCGAUCCAAUCACUCAGAAAGACUUCUACAGGAUUGCAAAUUCACUCUUCCGUGAAUGUGACAUUGUCCUCACAGAAACAGGCACUGCAGCACACGGAGGCCGCAAUAUGGUCCUGCCGCAAAACACGCGGCUUCUUGGCCCUGCCACUUGGCUAUCAAUCGGGUACAUGCUACCUGCGACAUUGGGAGCGGCGUUAGCUCAGAGAGAACGAACGCAGAAUCCAGAGUCCCGCGCCAUCCUUUUCAUCGGAGAUGGAAGCCUACAGAUGACGGUUCAGGAGAUCAGCACGAUAAUCAGGGAGAGUCUGAACGUUAUCAUCAUCAUCAUUAAUAACGAAGGGUAUACCAUUGAGCGGGCUAUUCAUGGAAGGAAACAGUCGUAUAACGAUAUUGCUCCUUGGAGGCAUGCUCAGGCUUUGGGCUUCUUCGGUGCGGACGAUACACAUCUCACGAGGAGGUACUUCUCUGCUCGGACUUGGGGCCAGUUGGAUGCUGUUUUGAGAAACAAGAGUAUACAAGACGGAACGGGAGUGAGGAUGGUUGAAGUAUUCAUGGGCCGGGAAGAUGUUCAGGGUGCUUUGUUACGACUACUAGAGAAACAGAUAGGUGAUGAGUAG